AUCGACGGUGCCCGCGUCCCCGUCAUCGCCGCCCGCAGUGCACAACAACCGCGCCUCGACGACCACCCUGCUCUCAUCUUGAAUACCACUGGGCUAGCUACAAUAGGAGAGGCCGACACCGUAUGGCUCACCAAAUCAACCUGUCAAGCAAGGACUUGGCACAGGCGUACCAGGACGUCGUGAACGCGAACGGCAUCGACUGGGCCAUCUUCACCUACGACAAGGGCACCAACGAUCUCAAGGUCCAGGCGACCGGAGAUGGCGGUCUCGAGGAGCUCCAGGAGGAGUUCUCCGACGGCAGGAUGCAGUACGCGUUCGCGCGCGUCAACGAUCCGAAUAGCAACCUACCGAAGCUCGUGCAGAUCAACUGGUGUGGUGACGGUGUGCCAGUAGCCAGGAAGGGUCUCUUCCACACCCACUCCAGUGCUGUCGCGAACUUCGUUCGCGGUGCCCACGUCGUAAUCAACGCGCGCAACGAGUCUGAUGUCACCCCGUCCCUGAUCAUGUCCCGCGUCGAAGCAUCUUCUGGCGCAAAGUACUCCGUCCAGAAGGAGGCGCCGCGCAAGUACGAACCCAUCGCUCCUGUCGGUACCAGCUAUACCCCCGUAGGCAGACCGGACAUCGCAGCGAUGAGAGCAUCCGCUGCGCCGAGUGCGCCGAAGCCCAGCGUACCCAGUGCACCAAGACAAGUGCCCAUGGCACCAAGUCCCGCGCCGGGCAUGGGCAAGGCUCCUGUGGCAAACAGGGCUCCUGCCGAUGCAUGGCCAGAGGAGAGCGCCCCCGCUCCUCCUCCUGCGCCUCCGUCUGCUAGUCGCCCGCCUGUAUGGGGAAGCGCGGCGGCACAUACUGUUCCUGCUGCGCCAAGAGCUGUUCCGUCCGCUCCGGCCCCAGCCCCAGCUGCCGCUGCAUCUAAGCCCCAAGACGAUGACAAGAUCGGACCCGUGGGGACGGCAUACACACCGAUUAAGCUGCAACCCAGGAGGCUCGUCAAUCCCUUCGAGGCAAUGCAGGCCAAGGCGCAGGCGGAUGCCUCACAGCCGAAGUCACAGUCUACCGGUGGCAAGAAGCUGACCUGGAGCGAGCGCCAGGCCCUUGCGAAGAAGGAAACCGAGGAGGAGGAGGCAAGAAGUCGCGCGGCAUCGUACCAGCCUCAGCCUGUUGCUGCGCCUGCGUGGAAGCCACCUGUUGCAGCUGCCCCCGCUUCUCCUGAACCUGAGGAGGACGAUUGGGAGGCGCCUGCUCCUCCGCCCCCUCCUCCAGCUGCGACACGUCCAUCAGUCCCUGCAUUUGCGGCCGCCGCGCCGUCACCUCCGCCUCCUCCACCACCUCCCCCAGCACCAGAACCCGAAUACGAGGAACCAGCCGCAGAAGAAGCCGCACCUCCCCCACCCCCCCCGCCUCCCCCUCCGCCGCCCGUCGUACAGGCUGCGCCCGAGCCAGAGCCAGAGCCGGUGCAUGCUCCUGCGCCCACAGCACCAGCGCACGCGCAGGGACGCGGGCUCUGCGCGAUCGUGCAGUUCGACUACGAGGCGCAGGAGGACAACGAGAUGAACCUCGUCGAGGGCGAGCUCAUCGACGAGAUUGAGCAGCUCGACGAGGGCUGGUGGGCAGGCGUCGGUGGCGGCGGCGCCAAACGAGGGCUCUUCCCCGCGAACUACGUGGAAUUGAUUGAGGCGCAAGAGGCGGAGGCUGCUGAGGCUCCACCCCCGUCGCCGCCGCCUCCGCCACCACCACCGCCUCCCCCGCCGCCACCUGCUGCGGCUGUUGCUGCGGCCGAGCCGGAGCCAGAGCCAGAGCCGGAGCCGCAGGGAGUUACUGCGGUAGCGCUGUACGACUACGACGCUGCCGAGGACAACGAGCUCUCGUUCAGAGAGGGCGACAGAAUCGUGGAGAUCGAGGCCGCCUCGGAGGACUGGUGGCAGGGGCAGGACCAGCACGGCAAUGUGGGCCUCUUCCCUGCGAACUAUGUGGAGGUACAAGAAUAAUAGGUGGGCGGUAGGAGGGCAGCAAACGACGCGGUUAUGUAUGGGCGGUGACUUCCGCCCGCGGGAUGGACGGAAGGGUCGAAAGCCACGCUGUAGAAUUGCAACGUUGUCGUGUGUCGUGCGUCGAAACAUGGAUAAGUGAUGGCUGAGGACCAUACGGCGGUCAAGGGCCGUCUGCGGCUGGCGUCAGUCGGUGACGAACGCCGGCCUGGUAAAG